AAUCUCAUUAUAUGAUCAUUGGUUGUAGGAAGAAGGAUGGGUUGUGUGUAGGGUUUUCAAGAAGAGAUUGGCUGCAGUUAGACGAAUGGGAGAUUACGACUCAUCGCCUUCACAUUGCAAUUGGUACGAUGAUCAACUUUCUUUUAUGGCCUCCGAGCUCGAGACAAACGGUCAACGACGAAUUCUCCCUAAUCAUCAUCAUCAGCAGCAGCACGAGCACCAACAGCACAUGCCAUAUGGCCUCAAUGCAUCUGCUUACGCUCUCAACAACCCUAACUUGCAAUGCAAGCAAGAGCUAGAACUACACUAUAACCACCUGGUACAACGAAAUCAUCUUCUUGAUGAAUCUCAUUUAUCAUUCCUCCAACUUCCUCAACUAGAAAGCCCUAAGAUUCAACAAGAUAACAGUAAUUGCAACUCUCUUCCUUAUGGAACAAGCAACAUCAAUAAUAACACGAGCCAUAAUGCUAACUUGCAGCAAUCAAAUCUCGCGCAUGAGGAACAACUGAAUCAAGGGAAUCAGAACUUCAGCUCUCUAUACAUGAAUAGCGACAACGAGCAAGUGAUGGACCAAGUGACGGACUGGAGAGUUCUCGAUAAAUUUGUAGCUUCUCAGCUAAGCAACGAGGAGGCCGCCACAGCUUCUGCAUCUAUACAGAACAAUGCCAAGGACACAAGCAAUGCUGAGUACCAAGUUGAUGAAGAAAAAGAUCCGAAACGGGCUUCUGACAUGGGAGAAGAAUAUGCUGCUUCUACUUCUUCGAGUUGUCAGAUUGAUCUAUGGAAGUAAGCAGAAAGAGAAGAUUAUAUAAUAUAAAUGCAUAUAUACC